AAAGAAAAAAAUAACUAAACGCCACCACAGCAUAAUGCAUACCUGUCUGUCGACCGAACUAAAUGAAAAGCGCUCGGCACAUGGAUCAUGUGUAAUAAGACUACACUUCCCAUGCUGCACCGCGCUCGCGUCGUUCCGCUGCUGUCACUUUGCCGAUGCGAGAAUCGCCCAGCAGCAUCUCAGCCGAGCAGCAGCGCAAAAAUGCACUGAAAUACGCAUCUUAGGACAUUUCCACCCUCUUUCGGUUUGCCAUGAGGGCGUGUGAUGGGAAUAACGGGGAUGUUCGCACCGGAUUACGUCCCUUUAUUUUGAGAGAAAUGCGGAUUGUUUUGCGCUUGAGGUGUUAACUCAGAGAAAAAAAAUAUAUAUAUAUACAAAAAUGAAGAAGCAAUUCAAUCGGAUGCGACAGCUCGCCAACCAGACUGUUGGCAGGGCAGAAAAAACAGAGGUACUGAGUGAAGACCUGCUGCAGGUGGAGAAGCGUUUAGAUCUGGUAAAGCAGGUCUCUCAUAGCACACAUAAGAAGCUGACCGCCUGUCUGCAGGGACAACAAGGCGCCGAUUUAGACAAGAGAUCAGUCAAAUCUCCCUCGAAAAAGUUGCCCCUGACGAUACUUGCUCAGUGUAUGGUGGAGGGAGCGGCUGUGUUAGGAGACGACUCUCUUCUUGGUAAGAUGCUGAAGCUCUGUGGUGAGACAGAGGAGAAGUUGGCCCAAGAGCUGCUCGUCUUUGAGCUUCAGAUUGAAAGAGAUGUUGUGGAGCCUCUGUAUGUGCUGGCUGAGGUGGAAAUUCCGAACAUUCAGAAACAGCGAAAACAUUUAGCCAAACUUGUCUUGGACAUGGAUUCUGCGAGGACACGGUGGCAACAGUCAUACAAAUCGUCAGGUCACCCCAGUAAUGUGCAGCAGGGCGGAGCUAAGGCGGAUUCCUUGAGAGAGGAAAUGGAAGAGACGGCCAAUCGGAUGGAGAUCUGCAGGGACCAGUUAUCAGCGGAUAUGUACAACUUUGUGGCCAAAGAAAUAGACUAUGCAAACUACUUUCAAACGCUCAUAGAAGUUCAGGCGGAGUAUCACAGGAAGUCUUUGGAGAUUCUGCAGAGUGUGCUGCCACAGAUCAAAGCUCACCAGGAGGCCUGGAUAGAGAAGCCAUCGUAUGGAAAGGCCCUAGAGGAACAUCUAGCCAUCAGUGGCAGGGAGAUUGCGUUUCCUAUCGAGGCGUGUGUCACCAUGCUGCUCGAAUGUGGCAUGGAGGAAGAGGGUUUAUUUCGGGUGGCCCCCUCGGCCUCCAAGCUGAAGAAACUGAAGGCAUCACUGGACUGCGGGGUCCUGGAUGUGCAGGAGUACUCGGCCGACCCACAUGCCAUCGCAGGAGCCUUGAAGUCUUAUCUUCGUGAACUUCCUGAACCUCUAAUGACCUUUGAACUCUAUGAUGAAUGGAUUCAAGCUUCAAAUAUUCAAGAUAUGGAUAAAAGACUCCAAGCCCUUUUGUGUACAUGUGAGAAACUACCAGCAGACAGUCUAAACAAUCUCAGAUAUUUAAUCAAAUUCUUAGCCAAACUCACGGAGCAUCAAGACGCUAAUAAAAUGACGCCAGGUAAUAUUGCAAUAGUUCUUGGACCCAACCUGCUGUGGACACAUUCAGAAGGGAACAUGACGGAAAUGAUGACCACCAUGUCCCUGCAAAUCGUCGGCAUCAUUGAGCCGAUCAUCCAGCACGCUGACUGGUUCUUCCCUGGAGAUAUUGAGUUCAAUCUGACAGGCAGCUACGGCAGCCCGGUCCACACCAACCACAACUCCAACUACAGCUCCAUGCCCUCACCCGAUAUGGACCAAUCAGAGCGCAAGCAGCAGCAUGACCAGAGCCGACGCCCACUCAGUGUUGCUACUGACAACAUGAUGCUGGAAUUCUACAAGAAGGAUGGCAUUAGGAAAAUUCAAAGUGUGGGUGUCAGAGUCAUGGACACAUCGUGGGUGAAGGGCAAAAGUUCCUCUACACUGGCCCGCAAAGCCUCAUCCACGCCUCCCAGCGCACAGCCGCCCGGCUCUCCUGCGGACACCCUGAUCACUGAGCAGCCCGGUGAGCUGGCCACAUCUCCAAUCCCCACUCCCCCUCCUGGAGACAGGGGCAGCUCAGACGACGUGUCGCCCAAUCGGCCGGAUUCCUCACAUGUCUAUUCGUCCCACGCGGAGGAGCGGCCACCCCCUCCGUACCCUUCCUCGUCCUCCCAUCCCGGCCCUCACCACUUCUACCCCAAGCCCCCUCCCUGCACUCGGCCGGUCGCCCCCGGUCCUGAGUCCCAGCCACCCAGCUCCCCGCCCCUGCGCUGGACAGGCUUCGGCCCACCACUUCCCCUACCCCAACCACCCCCGUCUUCUUCCUCCUCCUCCUCACUCGAUAUCAACUCCAACCCCAAGCCUAGCUGCCUGCACUUUCCCAAACACGGCCCCGUGUGUGACGCGCCGCAUGCUGCUCCGCCUGACCCCAAUGCCUCGCCCCCCUACUUUAAAACCCCUCUUGUGCUGACCCGCCACGACUUGUCCCUCGGAAACCCCCCUAGCCUCCCCUCCUCCGCCCCCCCGCCGUGGGCCGCCUGUCCAUGUGCCCGCGAGAGAGGACCCCCCAGGCUGACUAGCACUCUGAAGAGCAAGGAGCUCUCUCCUGUGAUUGGCCACAAAGCUAUGCAGGCAUCAGGAGUAACAGUGCCCCCUGUCAGCGGUCAGCAGAGCAACAGCCAGUCUCCCCACUCUGCCGAGCACAGCCCCCACACCUUACGUAAUGCCUCUAAGAAACUGGCCCCUGUGCCGCCCAAGGUUCCAUACGGCCAGUCGGGGGGGAUGUCAGACCAAUCCACAGGUCAGCCGUCUCCGGUCAGCCUGUCCCCCACUCCCCCAAGUACCCCCUCCCCAUACGGUUUGGGCUGUCCCCCUGGACACGCGCCCACCUCUUCCCCUGGCCAGACCCCAUUAGGGGGAUCCCAUACGUUGUCCUCACUGCCCUCUCUGACUGGUACGCUCACAAAGUCCCGACCCACCCCAAAGCCCAGACAGAGACCCAGUCUACCCCCUCCCCAGCCACCCACCGUCCCCCCUACGGCCCCCCAGCCCCUGGAGCAGGGUCUACUUGACGGAUUGUCCCCCGGGGAGAGCAUGUCCACAGAUUUCUUCAGUUUGGAAAUUCCCUCCAUCAACGUCAAUCUGGACAGCCUGUUGGACGAGUUCAGGGUGGUCCCAUGUCGGAGCUCCUAUGCUGCGGUCAGCUCUCCGGAGGGGGAGUCCGUGUCCGAGGAGGAGGGCCAAAGCACCACACUAUGACCCCUGAGCCCACCCAGCAGCAUGCCAGCUUCGCCCAGAACCUGUCCACUCCUGCUGAGGCCCAACUGGAACCCCACCUCGGCCAAACCCUCAGUCACGGAUACUACAUGAGAGACUCGAUAAGACGCCAUCCACACAACAGGUGCCAUAAAAAAAGCAACAGAAUGGAUUUCGUUCAAAUUGCCACUGGAGGAACCUGGAGUGUUGUGUUCCGAUUCCUGUUUCUCUCUGAACGAUUCUGUCUGUUUCAUUUUGUUGUUGUGUUGUUGGUUUCGUUUGAUUGGGAUGUUUUUGUUUCUGCCUUAUCAGAGCUGCAAUUACAAUACAAUGCACAUAGGGAGCGGUCUGCUGACUUUAAAGGAACCUCAUACACUUUGUCCUGCUGGCGGCUUUGAACUGAGACGCACCCUCAUGGUAUGAGAGUAGGCCGUCUUUGUUUUCCCUACAGGGUCCAUGCUAUGCUCUUUUUAGAGGACUUGGUGGCAUAUAGCAUGUUUAAGUCUAAUUUUGCAAUGCUGAGGUCUUCUUUCUUUCUUUCUUUCUUUCUUUCUUUCUUUCUUUCUUUCUUUCUUUCUUUCUUUCUUUCUUUCGUUCUUUCUUUCUUUCUUUCUUUCUUUCUCAAUCUCUCUAAAUCUAUACUAAUCACUGCUUUAGCAAUCCAAUUAAUUUGACCUUUUGCUAAGUCCCGCCUUAAAGUGCUACUGACCAAUCUGGCCUUAGCAACUGUUGCUGCCCAUUAUAUUAUCAGAUUGUGUGUUUAAAUAAUUUAAGAGAAUACAUUAAACUCUUGUUGCCUAUGGAUCAAACAGUAGAGCACAGCUCUAGCAAUGCCAAGGUGAUGGGUUCGAUUCCCAGGGAGAGCAAGAAUUGAUAAAAUGAAAAUAUGUGCAUUCCCAGCAGGCACAUAUUUGGUUAAAUUUCGGUUGCAAUGUCAAUUCGACGUCUAAUACCAAUGUUAAUUUAAUUUCCAAUACUGACGUCAGCUGAUGUUGAUAUUUGUUGUUUUAGGUUGUGUAACCAAAAUCCAACAUUAAGUCAACGUCAAGUUGGCGUCAAAUACUGACGUCAGCCUGAUUUUUAUUUUUAACCAAAAUGCACCGUCAAUCUGACGUUAUAUUGACAUCCUGUGCCUACUGGGCUAAAUCCAAGUUGCUUUGGAUAAAGGUGUCACUUAAAUUCAUAAAUAUAAAAGUAAAUAUUGCCUCACAAAACAGAGAUCAAAUUAACCCCCUUUUCCAAAUCUUAGAAGUUGGGAAUCACAUGAGGUGAACUGAAUAAUGUGUUCUGAACAUGUAGAAUGGUAAACUGAAAUGUCCUGCUGUGGAUUCAGUCAAGUUUUUCUUGACUCAGCAACAGAAAAUGAGGGGGCGGGGCUUAGCAGGGAGUCAAUCAAUUUCUGUUACAUUUUGAUUGAUAUGUGCGUUUAUCUGUGGCAGAACAUUAUCAGAACUUUCUGAAACGCACGUAAUUCAGUAAAACAGCGACAACUUCAGCAGUAAAGUGUAUUUUCUUAAAGAGCCAAUACAAUAUAAUGCAGUACAUGGAAGCAAGGUAGGAAAUCCAGGGUUCCCACAGUCACGGAAACUAUCAGGGUAUUUUAAUAGCGUCAUGGAAAUUUUUAAUAUCCCUCUAAAAAUCAUGGAAUUUUUAAAAGUCUGUAUCUGUUUUUUUUCUGUUCUGAAGUAUUUCUUUUUUUGUGAGAGUUUGUGAUCUCUAUAUAAUGAUAAUGAUAUUUCAAAAUCCUUUUCCCGGAAAUCUAUUCAUGGAAAUUCAUCGGUCAGAAAGUGUGGGAACCCUGGAAAUCUCAAUUCCUUACCCUUUACCUGCAAAACAGAAACAUUGCUUGUGUGCUAAAAUUGGUCACUGCAAACACUUUCCUGCACGUUUCAUAAAAUACUUUUGGCAGCCACUACUGAGAUCGGUUCCAAUGCACUGCCUUGCAUUUUCUGUUGUCUUUCCGCACUCAUAUGCCCUCCAAAGUGCUUCAAACGCAGUGCCACACUUUCCCUUCUGUAUAUACCAAUACUGUAUAUAAAGAUGUGUAGAUAAGUGUCAACGAGAGGACAAAUGUAAAGGCAAAUAUGAAUUAUAUAUUCAUAAAUGUGACAUGCCAUAUUUAUCUUGUAUAGAAAUAAUGUUCUAAGUAUUAUUUUGUCCCUGAACACUUUUUGUCAGGUUCACAUCGCAAGUGAGUUUUUUGCACUUUUGUAAGCCAUGAACUAGAUAUAGAAAUAUGAAUGCAGAUGUGGCAGAAGUUUAGGUAGAGUUACUCCCGAGAGAGAUUUUAUCCCUAAACCGACCUCAUCAAUAACAGCCUUAAUCAAUAGCAUAAAUCAACUGUAUAGCUACUAUUAGAAAAUAUAUGAUGUCGACAGAUUUCAAUAGUUGUAUAACAUCGGUUCAGUUAUACUAUUGUAGAAAAACUGCUCGAUUAUAUCAAUGAAAAUACAAUGGCCCUAAAAAGUCAUGGAAUGUGUGGAAUUUGCAAAAUAAUGAUAUUAGAUCUUUUCUAACUAACCAACUAGUAAACAUCAACAUCAACUAUGUGUCCACAUACUGUACUUUUUAGGGCCACUGUAUAGCAUAUCUCGCCAUAAAAUCAAUGGAAAAAUCCAGAUUUUAUAAUUUGGCAGGGAUCAUUUCGAAAUGUCAUCUCAAAGAUAUCAGGCCCUAAAGAUCCUUCAGAGUCUCAUUGCUUUUCCCCAGACAUGUAAUCUGAUGCCACACUGAGAUGGUACAUUUGUUUCAUGGGUAUACAACACUAUGAUACUAACUGGAUGCUGCAGUUUCUCUUGUCUGAACUUAUACAAAAAGCGCAGGACUUUAUUAAGGUCAACCAAACAUUAGCUCACUUCUGUCCCGUGGAAGGAAUGGGCACAACAAACCGUCUCCGUUCUCAUACGAAGGACUGUACUUCCAACGAUGGAUAGCCAUGGCUUGUAUUUCUCUCUUUGAAUAAGCAUUAGUGUACGUCAGGGACAAAAGGACUUUUUUUUUUUUUUUUUUUUUUGCUGAAAUCUGUGAUAUGCCUCAGUGUGUGUUCUUGAUGAAAUAUAGUCUAAUGAUUAUUGGUGACUGAGUUAUAGUUGUAGUGAUUACACAAUGAUAAUUGCAAGUGCCCUCACAUUCAGUAUUUAUAACCUGAAGCUAACGGCGAGUUUCGUGCGUACGUGAGGUUCUGUCUGUGCCGUUUCCCGCGGUGUUCUGUGAGGAGGCAGUCGUGUCUGUUCGGGUGUGCUGACUGAAUGUGAUUUCGCCUUUACUUGGAAGUGCACUAAAGUAAAGGCCUUAUAGCAGCUGCAAUAGACGCAUGGUUUAUUUUCUUUAUGCUCAUCUCUCUCUGUUAGCGCUCAUAAUGAAUGCUUAUGUUGUUGUUAAUGAAGACAUGGGAGGGUUUUAUACAGUAUGUACAUGCAUUUUCAUUCCGGUUCAAUACUGCAUCUCUUAUCACACGCUUUUCUUAGGUGAAAAGGCACUGGUAUAUGUUAUCUUAAUGUGAUUCACGUCUUAAUUGACACGUGACAACAUUUAACAUUUAUAUCCAGUAUGUUAAAAAAAUUUUUCAAAACAACUUUUAAAACCUGAUGAACUGUACAUACGUAAUUUUAACUGAUAAUUUGACCCACACAGAAUCUGCACAGGUCACAUUUCACCCCAAAAUCAGAAGAAACAAUUAAGAAAUUAUACUUAAUUUAAAGAACAAGAAGCUUGUAUUAGUUUAAAUUAGUAAAUCAAAAUUUUUCAUGAUGAUUAAGCACAAUAGCAUUCCCAAAUCUCAUUAAUACAAUUAAAAAAAUAAAAAAUAAAUAAAUCUGAUACAUUUAAAUUAUCCUUGUACUAUCAUAAUAGUGUGUUGUAUGUUAAAAAAAUAAAUUAAAUAUUUGUAUAACAGUAAUUUUUAAUGUAAUGCCAAAAUGCAAAAAAAAAAAAAAAAAAAAAAAAAUCUCGAUAUCAUAAAUAUUGUAAUUUUUAUUUUAUUUAUUUUUUUCUUUUGAUUUUGGAGGGAAAUGCCUUGACCUGGACCUGUUGUGAUGCUUUUCAUUGCAUUUUAUGCACUGAAGUCAUGGGAAAUCAGUACAGAAUCUAAAUAGGAAAUGUGUUAAAUUCCUAUUGAGCACUGUAAGCAUAUCAUACAAGUCAAAAUUUGUUCAACCAACAUGUAAAGGGCAGAAAUCUGCAAAGAUAUUUGCAGGCAAAGAUUCAUCUACUAAUGAGUCAAACAGAUUUGAUUUCAAAAUUUCUCAUUUCACUUGCUUGAAUCAAGAAAUCGAUGCAAUCAUAGUACAGAUGUUCUUUUCAAAAUGGGAUUUGUAAAAUAAAACAGUCAUCUAAUGCACCUAUUACAAGGACACAAUUUGUACUGAUACAUUUAUUUCUUAAUUUAUCUGAUGGUUUCAACAUGAAAUGAUAUGUUCAAAAAGAACUAAUGAUACAAAGAAUCCACAAAGUUAUAACAGUGACAAACUGAACUGAAGAUUUCUCAGCUUUUUCUCAAUCAUAUGUUUUGAACAUUUAGGAUACUAUAUGACCCAUUUACAUCAUCCUGUGAAAACCAGCAAUUUGGAGUGACAGAGCAUGCAUUUAAUUAUUCCCUUUAGAUAAUCACAUGUGUGUUCAUUAAAACAAUACCAGAUAAUAAAGGGAGGAUACGAUGAACCAGGGAUGUGUGAACAGGUGAUUCAAAGGUGAUAAGUUGAUUAGUGCACAUUGUCCAACAAUGUACAGCUCUCUUCACCCCCCGCUUACCGAACCAAUGUACAAAUCUGCCUGUAAAUCACCCUUCUCAGCUUAGCAUAUCAGUGGAAGAACACAGUCUGUACUGUGAAGCCUGCCGCAGUCCUUAUCAGAAUGUCAGAAAUACAUAGAUAUAUAUUAAACUCUACAUUUGUAAUA